AUGGACAAAGUUCUAUCUAAAAGUAUUUUUGGAACAGCAGAAGCAGAUAUUAGGAUUUUCAAUGAGCAAAUGAACGAAAUAAAAGCCUUUACUGAGGAUAGAAGAAGGCAACUCAUUGCAGAAGUUCCAAAACCUAUUGGAGAUAUUGCCAUUUCAAGUGACAAUAAAGUCCUCUUUGCAAUUUCAGCUGAGAAAACCGUUUAUAUCUAUGAUUUGCAAACCAAUGCACUUUUACAGCAGCUUGAUCCAGAUGGCGGUGUUAAGUGCAUCAGUGAAAAUAAUGGCUACUUGGUUACAGGUGGCACAAAUGGACUUUCAAUAUUCUCAAAAGAUGAUAAUUAUACUUUUGUCGCAACUCUAAAUGACGAAGCUGAUGCCAGAGCUGUAUCAGUUAGUCCAUGUGGGACAUGGAUGGCCAGUGUCCAUAGGAGUGGCUAUUUGUGCAAAUGAAAUAUCCAAUGGAAAAAUUUAGAAAAAAAAGUGAUUGCCCAUAAGACUUCAGGAAUCGCUGUAGCAAUAUUUCCUGAUGGGCUUUCACUUGCAACAGCAGGAAGAGAUAGAAGACUCAAAGUGUGGAAUCAGAAUCUUGAAGAAAUUGAUGAAUGUCUAAUUAAAGGCCCACAUCGAUGCCUAGAAAUAACUCCUGACAAUUUCAUUAUUUCUGCCGGAGACAGUGGGAUGGCAGUUAUCUGGAAAUAUCUAAAAACAAAAGACUACAUGGUUGGUAAAGUCUCAAAUAAGCUCAAGCCAAUAAAACUAGCUACUGUUACUAACGACUCCAAAUACCUAUUUAUUUAUGACACUGCAAUUAGAGUGUUUUCUUUAGACACCAAAGAAGAAGUCUUAAAAUUUUCAAUGAAAAACGAAGUAGUAGUCUCAAUGUGCAUUUCAAAGAAAAAUACUCAUUUUAUAUUAGCCACUACAUCUGGAAAACUUUUAUCAUAUAAUCUCCAUGAUUAGAUUAGUUAAAAUUAUAUCGGGUAGCCGGGGUUUAUUUCAGCCCCUCUCCGUCCAACGGAUAGCUUCGCAUUGGCUCUAAGCGCUAUUCUCACGCCACCUUUUUGCUUCCGAUGUCCCCAAAAAAAAUGGUUACGUCGAAGGUCUAUCGGAGACACCCCUACUGAUCGGUGCCACCUUUCUUGGUCCCAAAAUUCAGCAAAAGACUCCCUUAACCUCUGACAGGGCUCAGAGUAUAUGUGAAUCUUCUCUUGCCUCCUCCAUAGCCUGUCAGCCUUAUCGCAGGCUCGAAAAUUACUCCCAUGGAGUAGUAUUGGGACUUUGCGCUGGUAGUAGGUUCAUCUGCAGGUAAGGAAAAAAGAUCUAGGGUCAGCCCCUAAGCCAAAAACCCACCCCGGAGAACUAUACUAAUUGACCAAGAAUAGCCCACUAUGGAGCCAUUCUUGGUCUGCCAGAAAAAUUUUGACAAAAGAUCCUAAUCUGCCAUUACCACUGAGUUUUGGUGUUUCCAAUUUUUUUUGACAAGCCAAAUGCAUCAUCGCAAAAGAACAAUUUUUUUUAUUGCAUUUGGCUUGCCCAAAAAAUUUGGAAACACCAAAACUCAGUGGUAAUGGCAGAUUAGGAUCUUUUUGUCAAAAUUUUUUCUGGCAGACCAAGAAUGGCUCCAUAGUGGGCUAUUCUUGGUCAAUUAGUAUAUAAUCUGUUGGUAAAAUUUCUUAUGGACGUUUUAAGCGCCAUUUUCAUAUGAAAUUUCAAAUUAUGAAUUUGCCGCACUAAAAUCUGCGUUUUGAAACGCAUAUUUGGUUUUCACAUACCAAAUUCAAAAUGAUAUGCAUAUGCAUGAUAAGAAAUUAUUGCAAUACAUGAUAUCGCCAUGUGGCUUGCCUUUCCUGGGCCCGGAUCAAUUUACGGGUCACCAGGAGUCCACGCCAGAUCACGCCAUUUUAAUAGUUCUCAUAAUCUCCAUGAAGAUUACAAAAUCACACAGAUUCAUGAGUCACAAAGAAUUGCUACAAACAUUUCAGUUUCUCCAGACAGAAAGCAAAUUGCUGCCACUUUUGAUGACAGAAAUUUAUUGAUAAUUAAUUUAGAAACAAAGGAUAAUGAAUACCAAACCUAUGACAAAGCUGUCUACUCUGCAAAUUUUUCUAGUGAUUGUAGUUUGCUCAUAUGUGCCCAGCAAGAUAGCACACUCCGUAUAAAAACUCUCGAUAAGUCAAGAGCAGAUCUCGUCCUCACUACCCAUGGAGAAAUUAAAUGCAUAACUUGCGCUGCUGAUCUAUUUUUGACUGCAAGUGGAAAUAGGGUCGUGAGCUUGUGGAGCAUGGGAAAUAACACAUGUGUGAAAACCAUGCAUAUUGGGUGCGAUUCAAUCUUAAUAUUAAGUUAUUUAUAACAUUUAACGACCACUACGGGGUAGCGUUUUCCAGAGUUGCCACCAUAGUUGUCCACGUGCCGAGCCCAUGGACCUCUGGAUCGAUCCACUUUGAUUCGCCAGGGCACAGGUAAAUACAGCAUUCCAGCUAUGACGGGCUUCGCUGCUUCCACACUUUAUCCGACUGAGCUCCUGCGCAUGUUCCGCCUAAACGUCACCUUCCUCGGGUGUGCUGAGGGAUAAAGACCUGAGCCUCUUGAUCGCACUGAGGAGCAGUUUCUCUGGCUAUCCCAAAGGUAAACCACUGUUGCUGUGCAGAAGUUCUUAAGGUAAAACCCAGCCCCAUAAAUUAAAUUGCUUGAGGGAGAGAAAAUUAGCAAAGCUAAUUUCUCUCGGACCGAAUGCCAUUUGAUUUAUGGGUGUGAUUCAAUCAACGGAGCUGUUUUCAGUGCUGAUGCGGAGUACAUUGUGAUAAAUGCUGAUAAUGAUCUCCAGAUUUGGAAAGUAAACGAUUUAAGUGACAUCCCAUUGAAGCUCAUUAUGAAGCCACACGAUGAAAUUAUCUCUAUUGUUGUGAAGAAUACAGCUUCUCAAUUCAUUUCUAUCGGAUCAGACAACCUCAUAAAAAUUUGAAAUUUCUGCGACUUCACUUGUGAGGCUAUAAUUGGAUUUCCGAGUAAUGUAACUCCAAGCGAUAUAAAAAGCCCGUCAAUAGUCUCAAAAGACGAUAAAUAUUUAUAUACGUGCUCGGAUAACGGCAUCCAAAUUUGGUCGCUUAUUGAUCUUGUCUACCUUGGCACUCUUUCUCUGCCUGGCCUUUCUACAUUCACAAUAACUGCAGAUAAUGCCAGCUUUAUUGCAGUUUCAGAAAACUGCGAGAUAUUCGAAGUGAUCAAUCCGUCACAUGAAUCUGCAGAUCCGACCCUUCUGGGGCCUUUGACUUAUUCAAUAACCUUUUGGGAAAUUCUAAGCACGAUUUUCAGUUCAUCAAAGCUUGAAAUUGUUUAUCCAGAAAUAAUGAAUCAGUGUAUUAUAAUGCCUCAAUGCAUUAACUUAUUGCAUGUUUUCACUUAUAAGAAUGAUCUUGACCAGCUUGCAGUCGCAAUGAAAAAUCAAUGCAGCUUCAUAAGGACAUCAACUGGUAGCAGCCCAAUGACUCUUGCACUGGACACAAAGAAUAAAGACUGUAUAAGCCAAAUCACAAGAGAUGUGGUGCUACUUGAAGAUCCUAAUGCUAUAACCAGGCUGGAGACUGACAUUUUGAGGAUGAAUAGGUUCUCAACUGAGCUGCUUCCUUAUUUUUACCAAAACGCGUUUGUGGAGCCGAAUCAAAAGCUGCUGAAAUUUGCAAUUCCACUAGUUGUCCCUACGAGUUCUAAAACAUCUGUUAACCCAGAAUUGAAUUUAUUAGACUUUGUAACUCCAGAAAGCAGAGCUGAAAUGAGAUCUGGGGAUGACCAGCUUCUUAAUUUCCGAACUUCAAAGUUCAGAAUCAACUUUACAUUAGGAUCAAAAGAAAGCUGUGACUUCCUUAUGUCCAUCAUCAACUGCACUGAAUCUGAUAUUCUUAAAACACCUCUGAUCAAAGAAAUUUUGUUCUAUAAAUGGUCAAAAGUCCAGAGUCUGCUAUUUAUUCAAGUUGCUUUGUACUUGCUAUUCAUGAUCGCUCUCAGUCUUUAUACCACAUCUUUGCAAGAUGAUAUCAGAGCUCUGCACGGGCUGCUGGUCUUGAGUGUUAUUUUCUUAGUCUAUGAAAUAUUGCAAAUGAUUGCCUUAACAAAAGAUUAUUUUACGGAUCUUUGGAAUAUUUUGGAUCUUUUGAGGAUUUUCGGAAUUUUUUCAUAUUACUUGGUCCUCUCUUUAGGCUAUGAAUCGGAUAACAAGCAUGUGUUCUUAGGGCUGAUUACAUUUGUGACUUGGAUCCGCGCAAUUGCUUAUUUUAGAGUUUUUAAAGACACUCGCUACUUGAUAAGGAUGAUCCAAGAAAUCAUCCACGAUAUGAUUCCUUUCUUAAUUGUUUUAAUGUACUCCAUCUUGACUUUUGCAUUAGUUUUCUGCGUUCUAAGUGAGCUUUCUGGAAAUGCCAAAACGUUCGGGGACUCCUGGAGGGACUCAUAUUUAAUGAACUACGGAGAGUUUGACACUGAUAACUACCAUUUCUUUGAAUGGGUAGUUUUUGUGAUUGCCGUGAUGCUCGACCCACUUAUUAUGAUGAAUAUGUUAAUUGCGCUUAUGGGUGACACCUAUGCCAGAGUCCAAGAAAGUGCUCAUGUUGCUGAUAUGAGAGAAAUGGCUCUAUUUAUACUUGAGCUAGAAUCAGUUCUAGUUUGAAGAAGAGACAAAGGCAGAAAAGAAUAUUUCCAGCUUUGCACUGUCAAUGAAGUUGAUGGAGACGAAGAAGAAACUGACCUGCAAGCAUUCUGGGAAGAAAAACUUGAAGAGCUCACGAAAAAGGUAGCGAUGAUUGGAAAUGAAAUCAGCAUUAUUGAACAGAGAAGUGUUGAAACCAACAAAGAAGUCCAUAGUGGAGCUCGAGAUGUAGCAGAUAAACUUAGAGUAAAAACUGAGGAAAUUUCAGUCAAGAUGACUAAGGCACAACAGGAGCUUCUAGAGACCUUGGCUAAAAUAGCUGAUAGCUAA